AGCGGGAAAGGAAAAUCGUGAAUGGAGUGUAAAUUCUGUGUUUUGUGUGUUGUUUUUGUGUUAAAGUGUCCUCGUUUGUAAGACUAUCAAUGGGAAAGUUGAGGAGAAAAUGUGAAACUCGCGAACCAAGGUCCCGGUGAAUGUGGUAAAAGGAGUUUGUUUUGGUUUUUCCGUCGCGUGCGUAUGGCGAGAGAGGAAAAGUGGAGCGAAGCAGUAAACACCAUGAAAACCAUCCGUGAUAGACGAUUUUAACUAGCGCUUUAAGCCAAAAGAAGAAGCCCGCAUCGAAAUCCAUUCCAGCAUCGAAAGGAGCGAUGCUCCAGAAAUUUCCUCUGGAAAAGUGAAACACGAGCCCAACGCGGUGGUGUUGGUGGAAAGUGGUGCUCUAGUGUGCGAAGGAAAACGGAUGCAUAAGGAACCCUGAAGUGGAAAAGAAAAACCCCUUCCACCAGACGAAGAAGCCGCAUCAUAAUCCCGGAGGCCCGUCUCAAAGGAUUAGACAAGAAGGAGACAAGGCAUAGAAUCAACGAAGAGAGAGGGUCGGGAAUAGCAUCGCCAGCAGGCAGACCCACGACCGAAACAUGGACAACGGAGACGAUCGCGUUUAUGCCGCCGAAAAGAUCAUGAAAAAGCGGGUCCGUGCGGGCAAGGCGGAAUACUGGGUCAAGUGGAAAGGCUGGAGCCAGCGGCACAACACCUGGGAGCCGGAGGAAAACAUUCUCGAUCCGCGGCUGAUUGCCAUCUUCGAAAAAUCCUUGCGUGGUCCGGCUACCUUUAAGCGCAAGAAGAAAGCCAUCAUCGAAGAUUCAGACGAUGACGAUGAACCUCCGCCGAUAGCUUCGACCCCGGAACCGGAACCGAAACCGGAGAAAAAGGAACCGUUCAUCCCGAAAAAAGAGAAAGAGGAAAAACAUCAUCACCAUCAUCACCACCACCAUCACCAUCACCACAGUCAGGCAGAUCCGGGAAGUAGCAAUAGCAAGAAGGACAAGGAGAAGAAUCUUCUCGCCAGCACCAACAGUAGUGCAGCCGGUAGUCUCCUGGUCAGUGGCAUCGAAGGAAGUGUGAAGCAACGGAGUGCAAGCAGCAACAGCAGCUCCAGCGACAGUCCCGCAGGUUCGGAAAAAGAUAAAUCCCUCGUCAGCGCACCGGGGGUUGAUGCAGGAUCCGGAAAAGCACUGGUCACCGGUACAGUCACGGGUGCUCCAGUGCCAGGUGGAUCAAUCGGGCCAACGGGGCAGCAGCUUCCAUGUUUAAAGAUAUCGAUCUCGUCGGCUGAUCCAAUCGAUCAGGAUACUAACUCGAAUUCGAGCGAUGAUCAACCGCUAAGCCAUAAGGAUCUGGCAGGGACGAAGCGAAAGGCCGAAGUGCUAUCAAAGGGCGGCAAAGUGGGUGUGACGAUAAAAACUUCCUCUCCCGAAGGGGUCAGUAGCUCGAUUUUAGCUAAAGCCCAACGCCUGGAAGCUGCCACACCGUUAGCGUGUGCUUCGACGGUUGCACCGAUUAGUGCGUCCGCCCGACUACCGGAUCUAAAAGCGGCGGCCCCCCUCUCACCGGAUACGCCAGCUUCACGACCCGAAUCCAACAUUCCUCCACCGGCCGAACCCAAUCAGCCCGCGUUACUUCCUGGUGGAGGCGCCGCCGUCGCUCCUGGAUUGCCACCGGUUGGCAGAGAGCCGGUUGGUGAAGGGCAAGGACAGGCUUUACCAUACCAACCGCAUCAACAGCUACGUAUUGAGCAACCGAACGGGGAACUGAUGAAUGGGAACAUUAACAACAAUACUAUUAACAAAAAUAUGCUUUCGCCUCGAUCCGCACCGCCCCGAUUAUGGCUACCGAAGGCACAGACCACCAAUCAGGUGUUUAUAACGGAUGUUACCGUCAACCUGGAAACGGUCACCAUCCGGGAGUGCAAAACUGAACGAGGAUUCUUUAAGGCACGCGAACUGCAGCAACAGCAACAGCAACAGCAGCAGCAGGGCAGCGCUGUCGGCGAUCUGCUGCACUAGACAGUCGGUCAAGGACGAUCGGAGGAGGCGAUCGUAGUACUUCUUCUACUGUACCUGUAUGUGUGUGUGGUGUUUUGUGGUGUGUUGUGUGCCCCAAACCCUGACAGUCAUCCUUUGUGGAUUCAACACCUUCACUCUUCACCCAUUGAAGUUGCUCGAGUGACGAUAGAGACUGAUAGGUAGUUCCUGCGGUGGAUAUGUGGAAGGACCAAUUCGGCCAAAAGACGCAGCAAGUUUAUUGUAUAUUCGACAAAAAAAAAACGAGGGAACAGUUUUACUCAUGGUGCCGGCCGCACGCAUCCGCAGGACACUCGUGGGGAGUUGAAUGCUUGUAAAUAGAUGAAGAAAGCCCGUAUGUUGUGUGGGACGGGGUUGGGGUUGUAAGCAGCCUCUUUCUACAUUCGAUCGGAAGGUGAGCGAGAAGCAAACAGUAUGAGUAAGGAUGGGGGCGCUUACGUUGGAAGUGCACUUUUGAGGAAGCAUUUUCCUAU